GCGCCUGGAGUGCAGGCGAGCUGAGCUCUGGCCUCUGCUCUCCGCCUCUUCCCUCUCCGAGCUGAGCCCGCUGAUGGAGCACGGGGCCAGGGCUGGCUCUCAAAAAGCCUCUGGUCCCCUGUAGCCUGAUCCCCAGAGAGGAAGAGGCCCGUGCCCAGCAAAACUCUGCUGGGCCCUGCCAGCUCCCCACACCCCAUCAUGCCUCUGCUGGACGUGUUUUGGGCUUGCUUCAGGAAAGUGAAGUGCUUCCCAUUGCUGCAGGGGAGGAAGAAUGCCGAAGCUGAGGCCAAAAAAGCGUGUGGGUGGCUCCGAGCGACAGGAUUCCCCCAGUAUGCUCAACUUUUUGAAGAAGGUUCGUUUCCCCUGGAUAUUGGCUCUGUGAAGAAAGACCACAGUUUUCUGGACGAGGACUCUUUGGGGGCCCUGUGCAGGAGGCUGAUGACCUUGAACAAUUGUGCCUCGAUGAAACUGGAGGUUCAUUUUCAAUGCAAACAUAAUGAAGACUCAGAGGAGGAAGAUCAAUGUACCAUCAGCAACCACUGGGCCUUCCAGCGAGAGAGUAAGCGCUGGUCUCGUGUGGGCUCCUCCAACCUGCUGGCCCCACCAAGCCCUGGCCUGCCAGUGACCUCCAGCUGCGAGAGUGUCCUCACUGAGCUUAGCGCCACCUCCCUGCCAGCCAUCACUGUGAGCCUAGCACCCGAGCCGGUGGACCUGUCCUUGCUAGGCCGUGCUCCAAGCCCAAGUGACCAGCCCUUCCUCAGCCCCACCAGGGCCCAGGAGGGUCCCAAGGACAAAACCAAGAAGCACCGUUCCCGUAGCUUCCUCAAACACCUUGAGUCUCUGAGGCGGAAGGAAAAGGGUGGCAGCCAGCAAGCAGAGCCCCAGGAUAGCUCAGCCACCCCAGAGAAGGCCACCAAAGCCUCCUCUUUCCGAAGUCGCCAUGGCUUCCUUUCGGCUGGAUUCUAUAGGGCCAAGAACUGGGUGGCCACCUCAGCCAGUGGCAGUGGCACUGAGACUCAGAGGGCCUGGGAGGCCUGGCCUGUGGCCACGUUUCAGCAUCCUCAGCGGGUACACCGGGGUGACUGCCUGGUUCAUGUGCCCAGGGACCACAAACCAGGCACAUUCCCUCGCUCCCUGUCCAUUGAGAGUCUGUGUCCUGAGGAUGGACACUGCCUGGCAGAUUGGCAGCCAGGUAGGCGCUGGGGCUAUGAAGGGCGCAGGGGCUCCUGUGGCUCCACAGGCAGCCAUGCCAGCAUCUAUGACAACAUGCCUGAGCUGUACCCAGCUGAGCCUGUACUGGCUGGGGCCGAGGCUGAAGAGGAGGAGGGGGAUGGGGACAGCUACACUCACCUGGAUGACAUCCUCCAGCAUGUGUGGGGGCUGCAGCAACGGGUAGAGCUCUGGUCUCAGGCCAUGUACCGAGCUCUGGGGCCCAGAGAUAAGGAAGAGGAAGAAGAGGAGGAAGAAGAGGAAGAGGCCAGUUCAUCAGUAGAAAUAGCUACCAGUGAAGUGGAAGGCCAGACCCAGGCUCCAGCCCAUGAGGAGUCCCUAGCCGUGGGCCAGGUGGAUGUCCAGCCAGGAGUUCUGGCUCAGGCUCAGGCUCAGGGCCCAGCCGAGGCUGAGCUCCUGGCACAGGCAGAGGCCGAGGGCCCAGGCUUGGCCCAGGAUAAUGAGCAGGAGGCAAAUUCAGGUGGGGAACCCACCUCUGCCUCCAGCCUGUCUGUGGAAGAAGGACACUCCAUUUCUGACACUGUGGCCUCCUCCAGUGAGCUGGACAGUAGUGGGAACUCCAUGAAUGAGGCCGAGGCCACAGGGUCCCCGGCUGGACUCCAGGCAUCAGCACCCCGUGAAAGACGAGAUUCGGGCGUUGGGGCCUCACUGACCCGACCCUGCAGGAAGCUCCGUUGGCACAGCUUUCAGAACUCCCACCGGCCCAGCCUCAACUCUGAGUCACUAGAGAUCAACCGGCAGUUUGCCAGCCAGAUCCACCUCCUGCACAAGGGCUCACUGCUGCGGCUCACCGCCUUCAUGGAGAAGUACACCGUCCCCCACAAACAGGGCUGGGUUUGGUCAAUGCCCAAGUUUAUGAAGAGAAACAAGACACCGGACUACCGAGGCCAGCACGUGUUUGGGGUGCCGCCCCUCAUCCACGUGCAGCGCACAGGUCAGCCGCUGCCCCAGAGCAUUCAGCAAGCCAUGCGAUACCUACGCAGCCAGUGCCUGGACCAGGUGGGCAUCUUCCGCAAGUCUGGCGUGAAGUCCAGGAUCCAGAACCUGCGCCAGAUGAACGAGACCUCCCCAGACAAUGUCUGCUAUGAAGGCCAGUCAGCCUAUGAUGUGGCUGACCUGCUAAAGCAGUAUUUCCGGGACCUGCCCGAGCCAAUCUUCACCAGCAAGCUCACUACAACUUUCCUGCAGAUCUACCAGCUCCUACCCAAGGAUCAGUGGUUGGCAGCCGCACAAGCUGCCACCUUGCUGCUCCCUGAUGAGAACCGAGAGGUGCUACAGACCCUGCUCUAUUUCCUAAGCGACAUUGCCUCUGCUGAGGAAAACCAGAUGACAGCCGGUAACCUGGCAGUGUGCUUGGCACCCUCCAUCUUCCACCUCAAUGUCUCCAAGAAGGAUAACCAUUCACCCAGGAUCAAGAGCAAACGCAGCCUAGUUGGCCGGCCAGGCCCUAGAGACUUGAGUGAGAACAUGGCUGCCACCCAGGGCCUAUCACACAUGAUCAGUGACUGCAAGAAACUUUUCCAGCUCUUCCCCUACAAGGUUUCUCAUCUAUCACACUGCAGUAGCCAAGCCUUUCUACUCCUUAUAAUGAACCAGACAGACCCCAUGGGGUCCAUGACCCUUUGCCGGUGUGUAUGUGCGCCAUCCCAGGUGCCCCAGGACAUGGUGCUGCAACUGUGCAGCUCCUACAGUGCGGCUGAGCUCAGCCCUCCUGGCCCAGCCCUGGCUGAGCUGCGGCAGGCCCGAGCUGCUGGUGUGAGCCUAAGCCUCUACAUGGAAGAGAGUGUCCAGGAGCUGCUACGUGAUGCUGCUGAGCGCUUCAAAGGCUGGAUGAGCGUGCCAGGACCCCAGCACACGGAGCUGGCUUGCAAGAAGGCACCAGAUGGGCACCCUCUGCGUGUGUGGAAGGCAUCUACAGAGGUGGCAGCCCCCCCGGCCGUGGUGCUACACCGUGUCCUGCGGGAGAGGGCCCUCUGGGAUGAGGACCUGCUGCGGGCUCAGGUGCUGGAAGCCCUGAUGCCGGGUGUGGAGCUGUACCACUACGUCACUGACAGCAUGGCACCCCAUCCCUGCCGCGACUUUGUGGUGCUCCGGAUGUGGCGUUCUGACCUGCCCCGCGGGGGUUGCCUGCUCGUCUCUCAGUCCCUGGAUCCUGAACAACCUGUGCCUGAGUCAGGGGUGCGGGCCCUGAUGCUCACCUCCCAGUACCUCAUGGAGCCUUGUGGCCUGGGCCGCUCCCGGCUCACCCACAUCUGCCGUGCUGACCUCAGGGGCCGUUCUCCUGACUGGUACAACAAAGUCUUCGGUCACCUGUGUGCCAUGGAGGUGGCAAAGAUCCGAGACUCCUUCCCGACCCUGCAGGCAGCUGGUCCUGAGACAAAGUUGUGAGCCUCAGCCUGGUCCCAGGGUGACGCCACCCAGGCUUCCCCUGUCCCAGGGCAGCGAGGGUGGGAUGAGAGCAGAGCAGCCCCCGAUGGAUGCUGCUUCCAGGACGGAAGCAAGCUCGGGCUGUUUCCCUUACUUCCUGAAGCUCCUCUGCACAUAGAGGGGAGGAAAAGAGAAUUUCAGUGUCAUGUCUCCACUCGACCCCCAAACCUGUGUUCUGUCUUUCUGAGAAAGGGGAGUCAAUUCAGGAACGAGAAGAUGGCUACUGCUCUCCAGGUCCACGGAGCCACCGGUCAGUCUGAAGCCUUCCUGGCUCCCCUGCCUAUAGGGCAAGGAGGAAGAGAGCAGUGUGUGUUUCUAGGUCUCAGGUGUUCCGAGAGGCCAAGCCAACGUGCUUGGUGCUAGGGUCCCUUUGAGGUUGGACAGGAGGCUCUGGUCCUGCCUUUGGGUCCAACAUUGGCCCUGAACUGCCUUUUGCAGAGAAAUUGGACUUAAGUGAACGGACACAGGAGCAGAGCACAGGGCAGCCCCAACCACCGUGAGCUGUUGAUUUGUGUAAAUACGAUUCUGAUUUUUACAAGGCUGAUUUAAAGAGAGGGCACUGACAGGCCCCAGUAGGCGACAUGACGAUUUGGGAUAGCUUGGGAUGUGAGAGCUGGGGGGAAACUUCCUUUCUCAGGUCUCAAGAGACCAAUGAACCAGUCUCUCCUGACUUAGGCCCCACACUUUAACUGCCACUCCAUGGGGUCCUGUGUAGCCAUUGGCCACGCAUUGCCAUGUCUGGAGAGUAAACAGUCUUGCUCCCACUGCACAGGCCAAGCAAAAGCAGAUGGUGGCAAGGAGAUACUGUCUGUGUCUAUGUCCUUUUUUUCCGCUAUUGUUGCCUAUGGUAAAAGGUUGACAUGACAGCCCCUUCCUCCAGCAGAGACCUGGCCCCUGGAUCAGGUGGCUGGCCAGCAAGGUGGAAGGGCCUAGUGUCAUCUCAGCUCACUGGAGCUUGAUCUCAACCUGACCUAGCCCACCCAACUGGCCAUCUUGGUUCACAUGGAAAGUCAAACGCCGGACACCAACUAGUGCUUUAUUAUUAUUAUUUUUUGGCUGAAUAAACUGGAGUGGGAUAGAUUCCAGCCAACCAGUUGUAAUUUUUAAGCCUGUUUUAUUGUACCUAUAAAUACUGUACAGUCAGAAUAUUAAAAAAUGUAUUUGUGUAUAUAUAGAUACACACACACACACAUAUAUAUAUAUAUACACACACACAUCUAUAUACACACAGACACACACAGACAUAUACAUAUUCUCUCCAGAGUGUACCAUAAUCUGUGGGUAGGAACAGAGGUCUGAAAGCCUUAGGGGGGCAGGGCACUUAAGACAGGGGAGGUAGAGAACCAGGUCCAAGUGACUCCCCAGUGGAACAAUAAAGCAUUACAAUAGAA